GGGACACUGUAAAUGCCUUAAAGUUGGAGUCCACAAUCGAAGCUAGAGCCCGUUGUGGCCAUCUUGAUUGAAGAAACAGCACAAAAUCUUGAGCAUAGUGUUCUCUCUGCCAGCAAAUGGAUGAGACAAUUGUCAGCUGAUUGAUAAAAUGGUUCACAGUGUAAAUGAAACCACCAACCAGACCAUCUGUUUUAUACAACCUGAUGUUGCAAAUGGCAUCCUGAUCGCUCUUUACUUUACAGCCAUGAUUGGAGGGACAAUUGGAAUCAUUAUAAUGGUAUUUCUGUUAAGCAGAACUAAUACUCGUUCUAUGACCAUCACUGCAAUCAUCAACCUAUUAGUAAUCCAUGGCAUCUUUAUUCUCACGAUUCCCUUUCGGAUUGCCUAUUACAUUCAGAAAGAGUGGAUAUUUCAAUUUACAUUUUGCAAGAUCAUAAGCUCCAUGAUACAUAUUCACAUGUAUCUUUCAUUCAUAUUUUACGUUGCCUUGCUCAGCAUUAGAUACAUAAGUUACUUCAAACAAAAAGACAAGAUUGAGUUCUACAGGAAAAUGCAUUCCGUGGUGGCCAGUGCCGCACUAUGGAUUAUUAUAUCGCUUGUUGUUAUGCCGGUGUUCUUCUUCCAGUAUGGUGCUGGUGAUGAAAAAUAUGAGUCGACCCAGUGUUUUUUUUUCCACAAGGAAAUUAAAAGACCUUCUGUGAUCAUCUUGAACUACAUUACAAUUGCAGUAAUUUUUCUUGUUGUAUGUAUUCUUCUGAUUGUACAAAUCUUCAUUAUUGUGAAAAUCGUGAAAAAACUGAAACGCACGGCUUUAGAUCACCAAGAAUUCUGGGUGCAGCUGAAGAGUUUAUUUUUCAUUUUGGUCAUGGUCAUUUGCUUAUUUCCUUAUCACAUGUUUCGGAUCUACUACAUAGAGCAUAUAAAUGAGUGCUUCUAUUACAAUGAGAUUUUUCUUGGUAUAACAGCCCUUAGCUGUUUGGAUCUUCUGUCAUUUGCAGUACAAACCUAUUUCCAGAAAGUGUUUCAACACAUGACAUGCUUAUCAAAAUGUCUGUGACAGUCUGUUUGCUGGUGUCACUGUGACCAAUUAUCUGUUUCUAUUUUACUUGAUAACAAGGUUAAUGACCUGAAAAUCUACAGUCUUAAAGGGGUUCUCUAACCCCUAUAAUGACCCCCCUAAUGCUCCAGCCCCUCAUAUAGGCUAUACUUACCCCUCUCCCCCGCACCUCGCUUCUGAUCCCCGCACAGCCGCCACUGCAUCUCCCCAUCAUGCAGAAUGAAAGAUCUAACGAUGGGGGAGCAGCCAAUAGCAGGCCAUGACAGAGACGGGCCCUCCCUAGCAUCACCCGCGAUGCUAGGGAGGCUCGUCCCCGUCGUGGCAUGCUAUUGGUUGAACCCCCCAAACACCAUCCCCUUCCCCGGUCGCUGGAUGUUUUGAUCCACGUGACAGGGAGAUGAAACGGAGGACGUGCUGUUAUCAGUAGCGAUGAGGGUGCAGGGGAGGAGGUCCUGGGCAUUAGGGGGAUCGGUAUAGGGCUUGGAUAACCACUUUUAAGGUUUUUCUUUGUUAUAAAAAAAAUUAGGAAAUCUAAAAGUAUAAAAAUUAUAUACACUGUAGAUAUCAUUAACUUGACAUAAAUGUGUUCAGAAUCAGUUUAAUGUUUGCUACAUCUGCCCAUGCAUGUGAAGAAUGGGGAAGGGAAAUUCUGUUCAGUUGGGGUCACUGUUUAUAACUCUAUGUAACUACCUAUACAGUGGCGUACACACAAUCCAUGUGGUCCCGGUGCGAAACUGAUCUAUGGGGCCCCCUCCCCGUCGCCCCCCCCCCCCAACCUGCCUCCAAGCCCCCCCCCCACUACCUCCCCUAUUAGUGUUGUAACUAUAGUGUAAUGGGCCACAGUGCAAACAUUUUUACAAAGAACUGGCAGAUUUUCUUAUUAAGGGCUCUUUCCGUGCGGGUAAUCCACUGCGUGACUGAGUGCCAAGCCCCAUUCUGGAC